UUCUGCGCAUGCGUGUUCCGUUAACGGAGCGGAGACCAUUUCCUCCAGCAGCAGGCCUCGUAGAGCUUCGCCACACACACGCAAACGUACACACAUAUGCAGACAGAGUUCGGACAACCGACAAAUCAAAGCCACGUUUGGGAUUGUCUAAUCUUAACGACGCUAAACCUGGAUGCCCCCCCAACCGCAGGAGUCAUUCUAAUGGGCCUUCGCCGCUAAUUUGCAGCAACAUCUGGUCGACACAGUGAAUACAGUGGUGUCUUUUGGCUCUGAUGGUACUAGCUGAACACUGACCGCUUCCUGCCUGAGGACACCUGCUGCCCAAUUCCCUUCAUCAUGUCUGGGAUGCAUGCACCAUGGUCAACUGGUUCAGAGUGUGUAGCCAAGUACAACUUCCAGACUGCCAACGAACAGGACCUGCCUUUCUGUAAAGGAGAUGUACUGACCAUCAUCGGAGCCACCCGGGAUCCCAACUGGUACAGAGCAAGAAACACAGUGGGCAGAGAGGGCACCAUCCCGGCUAACUAUGUCCAGAAAAGGGAAGGAGUCAAGUCUGGAGGGAAGCUCAGUCUUAUGCCAUGGUUUCAUGGGAAGAUAACUCGGGAGCAGGCCGAGCGGCUCCUCUACCCUCCGGAGACGGGCUUGUUCCUGGUGAGGGAGAGCACCAACUAUCCCGGCGAUUACACCCUGUGCGUCAGCUGCGACGGCAAGGUGGAGCACUACCGCAUCAUCUACCACAACGGCAAGCUCACCAUUGACGAAGAGGAGUACUUUGAGAAUCUCAUGCAGCUGGUUGAGCAUUACACCAAAGAUGCCGAUGGCCUUUGCACCCGGCUGAUUAAACCCAAGUUGAUGGAAGGAACAGUGGCAGCACAGGACGAGUUCUCCAGGAGUGGCUGGGCCUUGAGCAGAAAAGAGCUGAAACUCCUUCAGACCAUUGGCAAAGGGGAGUUUGGAGAUGUGAUGGUAGGAGACUACAGAGGGACCAAGGUAGCGGUCAAGUGUAUCAAAAAUGACGCCACAGCGCAGGCUUUCAUCGCAGAGGCCUCCGUCAUGACGCAACUGAGGCACAACAACCUGGUGCAGUUACUUGGGGUUAUUGUGGAAGAGAGGGGCAGUCUCUACAUCGUCACAGAGUACAUGGCAAAGGGCAGCCUAGUGGACUACCUGCGCUCCCGAGGACGGACCGUGCUCGGUGGAGACUGCUUACUCAAGUUCUCUCUUGAUGUGUGCGAGGCCAUGGAGUACCUGGAGGCCAACAACUUUGUCCACAGAGACCUGGCAGCUCGUAACGUGCUGGUGUCUGACGACAACAUCGCCAAGGUCAGCGACUUCGGCCUCACCAAGGAGGCCUCCUCCGUACAGGACACUGCCAAGCUGCCCGUCAAAUGGACCUCCCCCGAAGCAAUAAGAGAGAAGAGGUUUUCUACCAAGUCAGAUGUCUGGAGUUAUGGAAUCCUACUUUGGGAGAUCUACUCCUUUGGGCGCGUGCCUUACCCUAGAAUUCCGUUGAAAGAGGUGGUGCCCCGGGUAGAGAAGGGAUACAAGAUGGACGCCCCAGACGGCUGCCCGCCCGUGGUGUACGACCUGAUGAAGCAGUGCUGGACCCUGGACUCCGUUGUGCGGCCUUCCUUCCGUAUGCUGAGGGAGAAGCUGCAGCAUAUCAGAGCCAAGGAGCUCUACCUGUGAAGAGGAGGCCCGGAGGGGGGGCGACGGGGGGAGAGGAAUGGGGAGAGACACAGCCCAGCACAGUUGUAAAGUGGGAGGAGGAGGAGGAGGAGAAGAAGAGGGACCACAGCAUCUUUCUCCUGCCUUUCCAGCCUGUUGACCUGUGAGACUGCCAUACUGUGCCCCCUCCCCCAGCCGCCCUCUGCUUCCAUACAAGGACUGUUUUCCUGUUUGUGUUGUAUAGCUUUUGCCGGACACUUUCCUCUUCUCUUGAUGGCCACUGCUCUUUCCUCCUUCUAUACCUGCUGCUGCUCUCUCUCUCUCUCUAUCUCCUUCUCUCUUUCUUUGUCUCUCUCCUCUCUUGGUCCAAGGUUCUUCUCAUCCUACUUGGAAGACCCUUUUUCUUUCUUACUUUUCUCCCCUCCUCCUCUCCUGAACAUGACAUUAACUGGAGGGGAGGCUGGCCUUUUCCUCCACGUAUGUCAGGUGCUCUUUCUUCUUCUUCUUCCCCCCCCUCCCCCUCCAUCAUUCCUGGAUCUCUGUAUCACCUUGUGGCUCUGCAUGAUUUCAGCCCAGCGCUCUGUCAUUCCAUCCUUCCUUCCCUCCCCUCGGUGUGGUGUCAGGUGUGGGGCCUUCGCUCUGUGCUAAAGUGCCUCCAGUCUUCAGAGCUUCAGACUUCCCUCCAGCGCGUCUUUCAACUGGACUGUUGUAGUUUGAUUUUUUGUUUUUUAUUACUUUUUUAAGAAAUCUUUUUUAUUGCUUUCUUUUUUUUCAGGGAGGUUAUCAAACCGUUUUUAUUUUCUAGUGCCAUCUUGUCCGCCUCCACCUCCACCAUCACCCAUCAGACUGUUUUUUUUUUUCCACUUGUCCAUGAAGAGAGCGUGAACAGGAAGAGAGGAUUGGGGGCUAAUAUCAUGUUCGUCCUUCAACCAAUACAGUCAAAGAAGUGGAUGGGGGGGGAAGGGGCAGGACAAUACCAGGAGUUGGGGGAGAGGCAGUUCACAAACAUGGUUGAUUCAUCAUACGUGGGCUUGUUUUUAUAUCAAAAUAUAUUUAAAGGAUUAAAAAAAAAGAACAAGGAAAAGACUGACUUUGGCAGUGAAUAAAUAAAGAGGACUUUCAGAAGCCGGGAGUCUCUUGGCGUUGGAAUGUCCAGAGUCCCUGUGGACGCUGGGGCUGGGGUGGUGCAUGCUGUGUGAGAGGCCUUGGAUUCAACUGUCAGUGCUUUCAAUGUUCAUUGUUUUAUUAUGCUAUCAUGAUUAUGAAUAAAUCAUUCCAUCUGAA